AUAUGAUAGUGAUUUAAAAAUCAAUGUUGGAACUUCUUUUCAUGAAAAAAUUGUGGCAGACAAAUGCCCAAAUUGUAUACAGGGUGAUGCACAUGGACUUAAUAACUGUACAGAGUCCUCUAGUGCAUUAAUUGGAUGCUCCAUGAGGGAUUUAAUGAGAAAAAAACGAAGCCAUUGCAGUGAGCUAUCUGAAUGUAGAGCUUCUGAGGUUAUAAAGGUUACUAGUGACAAGGAACAGAAAGACAAGAUUUUUGUUUCCAAGAAACUGACAAAUGACGAAGAAUGCAAUAGAUCUCAGAUUUCCUACUCACCCAGAUCUGCAGUUACAGAUAAAUUAGGAGAAUUAUGUGAGUGUCCUGCAUCGGCAGAGUUCGCUAAGGUGAACACUGAUGGAUCUGAUCUUUUUGUGCAUGCAGAAUUUGCAGGUCUCUGCACAAGGGGGAUGCGUUGUUCCUCUAGGUUGCCUGGGGAACUUAAAAAAGAUAGCCCACUUAAGGAGGCUAUCAGUUCAUGCUGUCAAUCCUCCAACCAUGUCGGAUGUCAAAUCUUUGAGAAAAAUUAUUCAAUUUUAGACUCUGGUUUGAAGAGCAAGGUUUCCAUGCAUGAGAUACCUGAAAUGGGAAAUGACAACAAUAAGGACACAGGGGUGUCAACUACAGUGAAUCUAUUGCAGACUGAGCCCCAGAUUAACAGACAUGUAAAAUCCCCUGGAUUUUACAGUUCAAGAUUGUCUGCUAGUAGCAUGAUAGCACACCCUGUGGAACUAAUUUGUUUAACUUUGUGUCAGAAACCCCCAGUGAUAGAGUGGACCGAUGAACCUGAUGGAGAUUCUGUAUUGUCACCUUCUAUUUCUCAGGACCCUCAUGAGCUGGUGGAAAAGGAGGAAGGAAUAUCUCUUCUGGGUGAAGUUGCAGAUGACAUUCUUCCUUUCUUCAUAAAUGACAACCUAGAAGGAAAAGAGCUUCGAAACCUAAACUGCCAGGAAGCAGGAUAUAGUUAUCAUCAAGAUUCAAUCAUCGGUGUCCCUGUUCACUAUCAGAAUGAUGGCUCCUAUCUAUAUAUGUUGACUCCUGUUCAGUCACCGCCAUCAGAGGAAAAUGUCAAGAGAUGGCUUUCUUUAGAUGGCAGAAAUACUUCAAGAGAAAAGGCAGCAGAUGCAUCAGUUCUGUUUAUAUCACCUAAGCAUUUGUCCGAUGAUCUCGUGGAUUCACGGCGUCCUUUAUGCCAUGCUUCUAAUCUGUCUUCUCUGGAUUCCGAGGCAAGGUCUGAGUCCAACCUUCAUCAGUUGAAUCACCAUAACCAGGAAAACUUCAAUGGACAAGUAGAGGCUCAUAAUGAUGAGGUGAGAACAAUCCAGAAGGAUGCAUACAAAAUUUUGAUGUCUAAGCCAUCAGCUGUUUUUUCACAAGAACACUCUCAGUUAUCUGGUCCUGAUGUGAAAUCAAAGUUGACUCCUUUAAGUCAGAUGGGUUUUCGGGAUCCAGCUAGUGUUGGUGGGAGGCAGCAGCUAACAAUUGUGAGUAUUGAGGUUCAAGCAGGAUGUAGGGGAGAUUUAAGGCCUGAUCCUAGGUUUGAUGCCAUUGAUAUUAUAACUCUUGUUUUUCAAGAUGAUGAUGAUGCAAUGGUUGAUUGUUUCAUGCUUUUGCGGUCCAAUACAGUUAUAACUGAAACAAAUCUAGAUGGAAUACCUGAUUGCAAGGUUUUGCUUUUCCCUGAAGAGAAGCAAGUAUUUAGCCAUUUCACAAAGAUUAUAUCUAUCUUUGAUCCAGACACAUUAAUUGGCUGGGAUGUUCAAGGGGGUUCCCUUGGUUUUCUUGCUGAAAGGGCUGCUUAUCUUGGCAUUGGUUUGCUAAAUAACAUAUCUCGAAUACCAUCUUCUAGAGGUCUCAAUACUACUGAGGAAGAUAUGCCAGAUGAUAUGUCUCUUAAGGUGGCUACUGCUGAUCCUGUGCCUUUAGAUGGUGCUAUCGUUGAAGAUGAAUGGGGCCGAACUCAUGCCAGCGGUGUCCAUGUUGGUGGUCGAAUUGUUCUUAAUGUUUGGCGAUUAAUGCGAGGUGAAGUUAAGCUUAGGAUGUACACUAUGGAGGCUGUUGCUGAAACUGUAUUGAGGAAGAAAGUUCCAUAUAUUCCUUGCAUGGUGUUGGCAAAAUGGUUUUCAAGUGGUCCUGGUCGUGCAAGAUAUCGCUGUAUGGAGUAUUUGUUAGUGAAAACUAAGUUGAACCUUGAUAUCAUGAAUCAACUUGAUAUGAUAAACAGAACAUCAGAACUUGCUCGAGUCUUUGGUAUUGACUUCUUUUCUGUUCUCUCUAGAGGUUCACAGUAUCGAGUUGAAUCAAUGUUUCUUAGACUGGCACAUACACAAAAUUAUGUUGCCAUUUCUCCUGGAAAUCUACAGGUUGCUUAUCAGCCUGCAAUGGAGUGUCUUCCUCUUGUGAUGGAACCAGAGUCUGGCUUUUAUGCAGACCCAGUUGUUGUUUUGGAUUUUCAGUCUCUUUAUCCAUCAAUGAUAAUUGCAUAUAACCUUUGCUUUUCUACAUGCCUUGGAAAAAUCACAUCUUCAAUGGCAAAUAUUCUUGGUGUCAGUUCUUAUUCACCAGAUAUGAAGGUUUUGCAGAAUUUGAAGCAUGAAAUACUGCUUACUCCAAAUGGUGUUAUGUAUGUACCUUCAAAGUUUCGUAAAGGAGUACUGCCCCGCUUACUGGAAGAAAUAUUAUCAACUAGAAUUAUGGUAAAAAAAGCAAUGAAGAAAUUAGCUCCAUCACAGCAGGUGCUACACCGUAUAUAUGAUGCCAGGCAACUUGCCCUAAAGUUAAUAGCAAACGUGACUUAUGGCUAUACAGCUGCUGGAUUUAGUGGUCGCAUGCCCUGUGCAGAGCUAGCAGACAGUAUUGUGCAAUGUGGUCGUAGAACACUAGAGGCUGCUAUUUCCUUUGUGAACAAUCAUAACAAGUGGAAAGCAAAAGUUGUAUAUGGUGAUACUGAUAGCAUGUUUGUUCUCCUUAAGGGACGUUCUCGUAGGGAAGCUUUCCACAUUGGUAAUGAGAUUGUGUCAGCAAUAAGUGCAAUGAAUCCAAAUCCUGUUGUGCUAAAGAUGGAAAAGGUCUAUCAACCUUGCUUCCUCCUUACUAAGAAAAGGUAUGUUGGCUACAGCUAUGAGAGUCCUGACCAAAGUAAGCCAAAGUUUGAUGCAAAAGGUAUUGAGACAGUAAGGAGAGAUACAUGUGACGCUGUAUCCAAGACAAUGGAGCAGUCGCUGAGACUCUACUUCGAACAUCAAGAUAUUGAUAAGGUUAAGGCAUACCUAUUGCGUCAAUGGACACGGAUUAUAUCUGGCAGAGUCUCUCUUCAAGAUUUUGUUUUUGCAAAAGAGGUCUGCUUAGGCACUUACAGUUCACGGGCGUCAUCACUUCCCCCAUCAGCAAUUGUAGCCACUAAAGCAAUGAGGGCUGACCCGAGGGCAGAACCACGCUAUGCAGAGCGAGUUCCUUAUGUGGUAGUUCAUGGUGAACCUGGUGCCCGACUGGUAGAUAUGGUUGUGGAUCCAAUGGAACUUCUUGCUCUUGAUUCUCGUUACAGAUUAAAUGAGGCCUAUUAUAUUAGGAAACAGAUAAUUCCAGCUUUACAGCGAGUUUUUGGGCUCGUUGGAGCUGACUUGAACCAAUGGUUCUCUGAUAUGCCGCGUCCUGAAAGGGAAACUGUCGGUAAACGUCAUUUUUAUGCUCCAAAUCAACAUCGAACUAGAAUUGACUAUUACUACCUAUCACGACACUGUAUCCUCUGUGGUUCACUAGUACAAGCAUCAAGCUAUCUCUGUCAUAACUGUUCUAAGAGUGAGGCAACUGUUGCAACAGCUUUGAUCGGAAGAACUGCAAAACUGGAAAAGGAAAUCCAACAUCUUGCUGCUAUUUGCCGGCAUUGUGGCGGUGGGGACUGGCUUUUAGAAAGCGGGGUGAAAUGCACAUCUCUCGCAUGCUCUAUUUUCUACGAGAGAAGGAAAGUUCAGAAAGAACUGAAGUCUCUCGCUGCUGCUGCUACAGAACUUGGUUUCUACCCUACUUGCAUGGCUGAAUGUCUCAAGCAGCCAAACUGGGAAGUUCUGCUUCCAUUCAGUUACAUUUGUCAAUCUCAGGGUUUAACUUCUCCGCCACCAGCCAAAAUGCUCCUCCUCCGCAGACGCCUGAAAAACCUGCACUUUCCGGCACGUUUCCACCACCACCACCACUACCACUACCACUACCCUAACAGAAUAUUCCCUAAGCUACCCUUAUCUUCUUUAUCCUCUGCCCAGUCCCAGACCACCACCUCCUCAGACCCCACUCCAAAACCCUCUUCUCUAUCCGCUCGUAUGAGCUUUGUAUUCGAACAAAUCGACGCUAUUGAGAAGGAACGCUCCCAGAAAGACCAAACCCUGCAGCGAAUUCGUGCCUGGCGCGAAUCCAAGAAACAACAACAACAACCCACCACAGACUUAAGUCCGGCCGAGGCCGAGUUGUCAGAAAAGAAAUUGGAAUUGAAGAAGGACGAAAAUGAGGUUAGUCCUAAGAAUGCUGGGGGAUUGUUGGAUGGUAAAAUAAAGGAAGUUGAGCUGGUCCAUCCGUGGCCUGAGUGGAUUGAGUUAAUGGAGAGAUUAGUGCAGCAGAAUUAUUUUGAUCAUAAGAGGAGAGAUGAAGAUGGUAUGAUGGAAACUGUGGGGUUUAAUUUAUCUGAAAUGGUUGAAGAGGAAGGAUUUGAUUUUACUAGGGAUUUCAAGACUGUUCAGACUGCUGUUCUGAAUUUUGGACGCGACCGGUUUGAUAUUUUGAGGUCAAUGUCAAGACAGGAUCUUCAAAUUUUGGUUGGUUACGGAUGCCCUAGUGCGGACAAGAAGGUGGUUUUUUCUGCAAAAUUGUUGAGGAAACAUGUCCACCUGGAUGAGGGAGAUGUUUGUAGUUCCUGCAGUUUGAGAAGUUCUUGUGAAAGAGCAUAUCUGCUUACAAAUAAAGAGGAUGAAGCCAGGACCAUGGAUGUCAUGCGUAUGUUAUUGACAUAUGGCUUUGAUGCAGUAAAUGGAUCAGUUGCAAAUAAGUCUCUUAUGAAGAUGAAAACUCUGAAGACUGUUGUACGCAAAUUAAUUCAUGAUGUGGUAAAGUUGAGUGCAGUACCAAUAGAUCCAAAUCUUCCACCUCCUGUUAUUAAAAAGCCUCCACCUAAGGUGAAGCAGCCACCUCCCCCUCCAAAGAAGCGCGUAGGACGUGAUGACAUUGAAAUGAAAAAGGGUGAUUGGCUUUGCGUAAAGUGUGACUUUAUGAAUUUUGCAAAGAACACGGUGUGCCUACAAUGUGAUGCCAAGCGUCCUAAGAGACAGCUUCUUCCAGGAGAAUGGGAGUGCCCACAGUGCAAUUUCUUGAACUAUAGGAGAAACAUGGUGUGCUUUCAUUGUGAACACAAGCGCCCGCCAGAUGAAUUUAUGGAGAGUCAAGUGCAAGAUAGGCAACACAGUCCAAGGAGAUUGGAGAAUAUUUCAGGCAGGCCAGAGAUUUCCAAUGCAUGGAAUUUUGAUUUUGAUGACAAUGAAUCUGAUGGGGCAGAUGUUGCUGCCUUUGAGUAUGCAGAUUCUAAGAAGAUGCAUGAAGAUUUUCCUUCAGAUAAGCAACCACAUGCAGGGGUUGCUAGGGCAUGCGAAGAUGGAUUGCACAAGGAUUACAGGUCUGCUAGAGAUACUGAUCCUGUCAAUCCCGGAUUUGGAUUCAACGAUUUUGAUGAUGAAGAUGAUGAUGUGGAAAAUUAUGAACUUGAUACUCGGAAUGAUGCACAGAAGGCUUCUACUGUAGAUUUUUCUGAGCUUGAUGUUGACUCGCAUUCAGAAGAUGAAGACAGAACAGGUCAUGAUUGGACUCUUCGUCGUAAGUCCAAUUUCCAGGCACAAAACAAGCCAUCUAAAUCAACACGUAGGGGAGUCGGUUUCUCUGGCUCUGAUCCUGAAAUAGAUUUUGGUACUGAUGAUGAGCUUCCUAUUCAUCCGAACUGGAAAUCUAGUCAUGUCAAUCAGAGAAGUAAAAGAAGAGGUGGCGUGAGUUUUGGUUCAGAUGAUGAGGUUAGCUCUGGCACUGAAUACACCAAUAAUGAUUUUGGAUCCAGGGAGAUGAAAGGGAAUAAAUGGAAGUCAAGUAGGAGUUCAAGAAAGCAAAAUAGUUUCGACAGUGAUGAUGAACCGUUCUCUGAUUUAGAAUCCAACAAUGACAAAGAUAAAUUUGGAAGUAGGAAAGCAAGCCUAAAUAGCCAAAGAAACACAUCUAAUGGCAGAAGAAACCGGGACAUGGGAAAUCUUCGCGGAUCUUCCCGAGAUUCUCCUAAAAGAUUUGAAGAUACUGAUUAUGGCCAUAGAAAAUAUACUAGAGAUGGUCGUUCACAGAAUUUUAGAAGCCCUCAAAGAGAAGGAUCUUUUAAGCAGAGACGAGACAAAAGAUUUGAAGAUGAUGACAAUGGCUACAGAAGUGAUUCUAGAGGUGGUCGUUCGCAGAAUUUUAGAAGUUCCAGUAGAGAAGGGUCUCAUAAACAGAGACAAGGUAGAUAUGGUAACUCUAACAAAUCUGGGGACAGUUAUUUGGAUGAUGAAAGACACAGGAGGCCCCGUGUAAACGUGAGAUAAACUUCAUCGGAUGAUCCGACUACGGCUACACUUUUUGCUACUUGUUGAUAUUCAUUUUAUCUACUGAUAAAAGAAAAGAUUAUUUGGUUGCUUUAACUUAGAAGGACAUGUUUGAGGUAUUUGUGAAGGUAGAAGUUUUCCUACGAAGUUAAUAGGCCGGGAUAAAAUCAAUGGGGAGUAGCAUUACCCUGAAAUGUAUAUAGAUAUUGUUAUAUGUUUGGGCUAUAUUGCCAGUUUAUCAUCAAUAUAUCAAUGCCAGUUUUCUGU